AUGUUUCGCCAAGCACUAGCACCAUCCACACGAUCGGCUGUCCGCGUCGCCGCUCUGCAGCCCGGUUCGGCUGCUCAGGUUCGGUUCGCAUCGGGAGGCUCGUCGUACAAUCAGCCUACGGGUCUGCUCUUCGGCGAAAAGAUUCCCAAGGGGCACAAACGACAGAAGGAGGACUGGGAAAACAUGUACUACUUUGGUCUCUUUGGCGGUAUGCUCUUUGCAGGCGUCGUUCUCUUGUACAAGCCCGACACCAGCAUUCAAUCUUGGGCCAUGGCCGAGGCGAAAAAACGCCUGGAAUCAUCCGGAGACGUAUACCAAUACAAGCCAUCGCCAAACUCUGGUCACCCCAACGGCGUCUAG